CAGUCGCAUCUAUAAAAUAUAAGAUCAGCGAUCCUUUUAUAAGUGCUAUACCUGCAAUUUUAUGAAAAGUUUAAUGCAUUCAAUUUCAACGAAAAUUCAAGCGUUUCUCUAAGGUUCAUUCAAAUAAUAACGAUAUAUUGUUUAUAUUUAUAAUUUAUCACAUGCAAGUAUAUACAUUUUAUUCGUUUAUAUUAAACAUUUCUUCAUAGUGACAUUUUUAGUUGCACAAUAUAUGCAUACAAAAGUAGGUGUGUAUGUGUAUCGUGUAACAGUGUUGGCUUGUUUUAAAAUCGACUGUAAUCGACGAGGUCCGAUUGAUCGAUAUGCUUCUGUAUGUGUGUGACGAAAUGUACUGAAAUGACAGCGCGCAUACUGACGCGCCUUAGAAUAUUUCGUUUGCGAAGAAUGAAAAGAUGGAAGAGUAGUUGGAAAGUUACAAAAAAGAUCAAGUAACAUGUCUAUGAAUUCUUAUGCGUGCUGGGCUUAUCGGUGGACUAUUACGCUGAUCUGAGUUUUGGUGUUUCCUGUUGUAUAGUCGUGAAGUACGUCAGGUGUAUGGCAAUUUGUGGGAGCACCAAAACCAGGACGCGUGGGAAGAUCCGAGAAGCAGGAAGAAGUACGUUCCACAUAAACGGAAAUAAACGAGAAGAUUAAAGAAAAAAAAAAACAAACGCAAGACCGAAAGUGAACGUUUGAAACCAAAAGUCAGAAUGGACGAAUGUACUCUGAAUGAUUUGUUAGAAUGCUCGGUGUGUCUCGAGCGACUAGAUACAUCGAGCAAAGUACUUCCCUGCCAACAUACUUUUUGUAAAAAAUGUUUGGAGGAAAUAGUCAAUACUCAUCGCGAAUUGCGUUGCCCCGAAUGUCGCGUUUUAGUUGAUGCUAAAGUGGACGAUUUACCUCCAAAUGUAUUGCUUAUGCGCAUUCUAGAAGGAAUGCGCAAUGCUGCUCCUAAAUCAACAAAAACUGUAACUAAAAGUAAUUCAGGAUCUCAAAGACUUUUUGGCGGUCAUCAGAUUACAUCAACUACCAGUGUAACUACUAAUCCUACUCCUAAUGCGUUCACAAGCGAACCAAUUCGACAUGCAAGUGCUACAGCUAAACAAGUUCAACUACACAGUCAAACGUAUGGCAGAGCAAUUUACGAUUACAUGUCUAAAGUUCCAGGGGAUUUAUCUUUUAAGAAGGGUGACAUUGUUAUCCUUCGUAAAAAAAUUGAUAACAACUGGUAUUUCGGAGAAAGUGCUAACAGUCAUGGAGUUUUCCCUCUAUCUUAUAUUCAGGUAAUGACACCAUUAACACCACAUGUACCUCAGUGCAAAGCUCUCUAUGAUUUUAGAAUGACUAAUGAUGAUGAAGAUGGUUGUCUUACGUUUAAUAAGGGUGAAGUGAUUAGUGUUAUUAGAAGAGUUGAUGAAAAUUGGGCGGAAGGCAAGCUUUUGGAUAGAAUUGGCAUAUUUCCAUUGGCAUUUGUAGAACUGAACAGUGUAGCACGAGCGUUAAUGAAACUUUCAACAAACACUCAGCCGGGUCCAUCGAGAGUAGCACCUCCUACUCCAACAAACGAAGAAACUACCCCCUUAAUACCGACCGACCAUUCCCGUAACAUACAACAGAAUCUACGACGGCCCUUACUUGUGGGACAAAUGAAUCCUUUAACAGUUUCUGACACAAUUUCAAACGUGUCAUCGGGCGGUAGUUCUUCAACUACAACUUCGAAUACUCCGAAUAGUUCUACUACAUCUAGCAGUUCUAGUACUGCCCCAAGUAGUCCCAGUAGCCCGGCAACAUCUCCUCCCGCAGUUGGAAAUAGACAUAACGUUAAGCGUCACAGCUUUACUGCUAUCAAUACUGGUCAUCAGACUCAUCCACAUCAUAGACACAGCGCCGAAAUACUUAGCCCUCCGGUAGAUAAUGCUGUUGGUAGCAGCAAUAAUGGUUGCAACAACGAUUCAUUUUCUCCUGCACAGAUCAGUACCAGUGCUGCAGAUCACAAUCUCCGGCAUAGACGAAGCGGUAGCAGCGAUCUCGCUCUCGCACAAGCAUCGCAAAGUUUAUCCUCUACUACACCUGGAAACUCUAAUUUACCAGCAGCAUAUAUAGCACUGUAUCCGUAUAAACCUCAGAAAGCAGAUGAGCUAGAGUUAAGAAAAGGUGGCAUUUAUAUGGUAACAGAACGUUGUCAAGAUGGAUGGUUCAAGGGGACUUCGAAUCGUACACAAAAGUGUGGAGUCUUUCCUGGAAACUAUGUUGCACCUGCUAAAUGUCAACGCGGCUUAUGCCGAGGAUCGCCAAGUACAGGACAGCAACAAAAUUUUUCAUCAUCAACGAGUCAAAAUAAUACCGAGUCACGAAUGACUGUGACAUAUACCAAAAAUAAAGGACCUGCUCCUCAACCUUAUAAUCCACGUACAUUGUUACCUCCAGAAUUGCCACCACGAGCUAUUAGUCCAUCCUCGGUGGUGUCAUCAUCUUGGCACGGUCAAAGUCAAACGCAGAGUCAAGAAAAUGGCCCAUCGCGGUGUAACGAACAAAAUCCUGUUAAUCCUCUUGGACGUAGUCACAGCGCUGUGAUGUCAUCAAAUAUCUCUUCUCCUGGUAAACAGGUAACUUUGCCGCAAUCGUUAACCACCACAACUACUAUCGCUGGUAUCAGCAAUAGUGCCACUGCCACUGCCACCGCCUCUUCCAUCACCAAUGAAAUGAAUAAAAGUCCGAACAAUACUUUACGCGCAGUUGCUUCUCCUUCCGCUGGAUCUGUUAUUGCAUCCAAAAAUACUGAGAAGCAAAAAGAAAAGAAAGAUAAGUGCGUUUCCUUGAUGCGUCGACUAACGAAUAUCAAAAAAUCCAAGUCACCACCUCCUACUACAUAUUCAAUGGAUAAUCCUGUCUUCGAUGACGGUAACUCCAUCAACCCAGUACACGUUCGAUCGGGAUCUUGUCCAAGUCAGUUGCUACAGGUGGGAGCUACACAGGAAUUAAAUGCUUCAAACAACCAUCAUCGUUUGUGUCCAGGCACUGUGCAGGGACACGUCACGUCUUCACAAAGACUUAAAUACAAGGAGAGACCAUCUUUAUCGGUCUCAAUCUUCCAGAGAUCCAACGAAUCUGGUGGAAUGGCGUGUACACCGGUAGGAAACCAUCACCGUAAAAGUAACUCUUUAGAUGCUGGUAUGGGAAAACAAAUAAAGCAACAACCUUCUCGUGAACGAGAACGAGUAUAUAGAUUCCGUUGUAUUGUGCCAUAUCCGCCUAACAGUGAAUUUGAAUUAGAACUUCGAGUGGGAGACAUUAUUUAUGUACAUAAAAAGCGUGAUGAUGGCUGGUAUAAGGGUACUCAGCAAAGAACUGGUCGUACAGGACUUUUCCCAGCAAGUUUCGUCGAAGCCUUCUGAGAUACAGCUCAAAAUCAUCUGGUAUUAGAGACUUGUAUAUAACUUCGCACAACUUGAAAGUGACUUAUGAUAAAGUUACUUUGUAAGCUUAUUAAUGAUAUAAUCGAUACGAGGGUAAGUAAGAAGAGUACGAUUCAAAUUGUGUAACUAAUUUACACUUCAGUGCACUGAACUUACACUUAUAUACUAUAUGUAGUAAGUUUCCAUAAUUUUUUGUUAUAAUUAUAACAACAAGAAAAAUUGUUUAAAUCAUAUAACGCAUUAAGCAUAUUGAAAUUCUUCAACGUGCAUACUGCCAAUUGUUAAGAGAAGAAAAGAUUAAACAAAGUACGGAAUUGUACUUUGUCAAUACUGCCAUUUGAACAAAAAUAUUAAAAAUAAUGUAAUACUCUCUAUUGUUCUUAUUAGUAUAAAAUCAGCUUCAUUAGUUAAAGUGUACCUAAAGAAUCUUUGUUCAUAUGUACUAGUAUCUUGAGAACAAAAUGGGUAAAACGGCAUUAUUUUUACAUAAUUUGAAAUGUUAUCGAAUUACGUAUUAUUAUUGCAUAUAUUUUUACUGAUUUUGUGCAACACAUUUUUUGUUUCACAAAAAUUUUAUGAACAAAAUAGCAUAUUAUAGUUAAGGUUUUGUUCAAAUCUUACUAAGUUGUUGUUUUUCAAAGAUAUGUAGACAAUAUUUUGUGAUAUAAAAUUGUAUAAAUUUUUAAUAAUUUUACCAUUUUACUGUUUUUUUUUUUUUGUGUCUUAAUGUGGUCAGCUUUGAGAAAUAUUUUUUUACAAAUAUAUGCUUCGUCUUAAUAUUUAUGAUUAAAAGUAUGCAUAUAAAAUAUUUUCUUGGGGGUAAGUUAAUUGUUAACAUCCCUCGUUUUAUACAGGAAUAUGUAAGUUUGAGAAAUCAUUUUGAAUGACAUAAAAACGUUUCUAUUAAACAUGUGGUUGUCAAAGACUGGCCUAUAUUUUUACAUUAGUUAAGUAGUUAUCAGCAGAAAAAUUAAUUAUAUAAUUAAUGUUUUUAGUAACAUUAUCUUUAUACUUAUACCAUACAAAUGAACUCUCUUGAUUUAUGUGGAGACGAUGUACAUGUUCGUACAGAAUAACAAAUUACAUCGUUAAAAGCCAAUUUCAUGUAAUUAUAUAAUUAUAGGGAAUUAUAAGUAUCUAUUGACGAGCUUCCAGAGGCCGAAUAAUAUCAGUAUUUAGAUGGAAACUUGUUACUUUCCCACAUAAUGUUAUUUACAAUCAUGCACAAAUAUCUAUAAGUAAGAUUUCAUAUAUGUUGACAUUUUUAUUUUUACACUACAAGUAUGUUAAUUUUUAACUAAUGCUUACCAUUCAUAGAUUACAUAAGAAUAUGUAAAGAUAAUUAUAUAAUACCAUCAGUUUUAUAAAAUUUAACAAGCAUUCAUAAGUCUGAACAUGUAUUGUCCUUCUACAUAUGUUGUAAUUUAUUUAAUUUAUAAAUUCAUGUUUUAUUAUGAAAAUUUGUUUUAUACAAACUAACUAUUAUACGUGUACGUAUAUACACAAGCGCACAUAUGCGCAUUCGAUGUAGAAA